GUUUUUCGUCAAGUGGGAAGUUUCAAUUUCAGGGAGGAACUCGGAAAAAUCACUACCGUGCACGAAGGUUUUCGUAAAAAGCGAACCGCGUAUAGAUAUUAUGAUACUUGGACGGACAACACAAUGAACUACGAACUUGAUGAGGAACUGGAUGAAGAAUAUCGUGAGACUAUCAGGAAAGCAAUGGCCUACAUAAGUGCUCGCACGUGCAUUAACUUUCGUGAAGAUCCAUAUGCUAAAGCCCGUGUUUACAUCACCAUAAGAGGCGAAUGUUCGACUGAUCCUGGCAUGUCAGGAAACAAACAAGAAAUGUGGCUGGGAGGGGGUUGCUAUUAUUUGGCAGGCGUGAUGCAUGAAAUUUUCCAUGCUCUUGGUAUAGCACACAUGCACGAACGUCCUGAUCGAGACAAGUACAUUAAUGUCGACUAUUCGUCAGUAUUGGAUGGCUUCUAUAUCCACCACACAAAGUUUCAGCCGGAUCAAGUUAUCAGCUACACACCCUAUGAGUACGGAAGUAUUAUGCACUAUUCAGCUCAAUUGUGUACCGAGGAGGGUAGUGCAAUAACGCCUGUCGAUGAGAGGUACCUGUGGACGAUUGGCUCGAGAAUUCCUUCUUUUUAUGACAUCAUGACGGUCAACAAACAUUACAACUGCGACGUGUCAAUCUUCCGAAAGGAUAACAUGUGCAAAUGGAGGAGUACCGAAUCCCAGGAAUUGCGAUGUUUGCCUUUGCCCACACGGUUAUGGUGGCAGGUUUCUGCGAUGACAAGGCCGGCUGGGUGCGGUAAAACUCUCAGAGCGUCUCGUCAAUGGAGGACGAUAGAAUUCAUCGUUGGCGAUACCAUUGUGGAUGGAGUUCCAGAAUAUAAAAUGUGCAAUCACUGGAUA